UCAGGUCAUGUGACAUAAAUCAAUAUUCUUCUUUCUUUCCACGUUGUUGAUAUCGAUCAUGUUAUUGGCCUGAUCGGUUUAAAUAUGAUUGUUGGUGAACUGAAGCUCAUCUUAACCGUUCAGGGCGUUAAAACAGAAAGAAAAGGAGGAAAAAAGCAGCGGAUUUCCUCUUUAUUUCCGCUUUAAGCGCCGAUCGGAAGCUGCGAGGCAGAAACCAAGAAUCACGACCGUUUCUGCAGAUAAGUUGCAGCCAUGAGGCUGGUGAUCCUGGACGACUACGACUUGGCCAGCGAGUGGGCCGCCAAAUACAUCCGGAACCGGAUUGUGGAGUUCAGGCCCACGGAGGAGAAAUACUUCACUCUGGGGCUGCCCACAGGCAGCACCCCUCUGGGCUGCUACCAGAAGCUGAUCCAGUACCACCGCAGUGGAGACCUCUCCUUUAAAUACGUGAAGACCUUCAACAUGGACGAGUACGUGGGUCUGCCCCGCGCCCACCCCGAGAGCUACCACUCCUACAUGUGGAACAACUUCUUCAAGCACGUGGACAUGGACCCGGCCAACGCCCACAUCCUGGACGGAAACGCCGCCGACCUGGAGGCCGAGUGUCGCGACUACGAGAGGAAGAUCAGCGAGGCCGGAGGAAUCCAGCUGUUCCUGGGAGGUAUCGGUCCGGACGGCCACAUAGCCUUCAACGAGCCCGGGUCCAGCCUGGUCUCCAGGACGCGGGUCAAGACUCUGGCCAAGGACACCAUCGUGGCCAACGCCCGGUUCUUCGGUAACGACCUGUCAAAGGUUCCAACGAUGGCCCUGACGGUCGGGGUGGGGACCGUCAUGGACGCCAAGCAGGUGCUGAUCCUGAUCACCGGGGCCCACAAGGCCUUCGCCCUCUACAAGGCCAUCGAGGACGGCGUCAACCACAUGUGGACGGUGUCGGCGUUCCAGCAGCAUCCGCACACCGUGUUCGUCUGUGACGAGGACGCCACGCUGGAGCUGCGGGUCAAGACCGUCAAGUACUUCAAAGGUCUGAUGCACGUCCACAACAAGUUGGUCGACCCGGUUCUGAGCACCAAGGACCAGUGAGGCCCGGCGCCGAGGCCCAACAUGGACUUGAACCCCCCACCCCUUCUCCCGGGUCCAAACAGGUCGGGCCGGGACAGGACAGACAGGAAGUCGCCACACUGGAGCCAGAAGAAGCGCUUUAUUUUGAAAGGGACCAUUUCUGACCCGGUCAACUUUUACUAUCUCCUCCCCCAGAACCCUGAACUCUGAACCCGUUCGGUCAGUCCUGCUGGACCCACAUUUCCUCCUCAGCAGUAUUAGAAGUCUUGUCCCGGUUCGGUUCCAGUGUUUUCUAAAUAAAAAGGUUUGAUAAAAGAUUCUUGUCGU